ACUUCGCUCGCAUAGAAAACGCUACUCGCUUUAAAAAAAAAAAAAGUCAAAACUUUAACGUCGUUUUCAUUAAAUUUGUAGUUUAAUCGUGUUAUUAAAUGUAAUGUAAAUGUAAAAAGGACUCAGUGGCGAGCUGGAGAAGCAGAAAUUCAAAGGCAGAAAUACUGGUGAACGAUAAAGAACGCGAUGGCGUUCGAGGAGAAUUUUGCCUCAGUUCUCCAGGGUCUUGCCGAGGCCUUCAGCGGCCCCGAGGAAGACCUGAUGCUCCGUGGGCCUGGCCUGGGGGUUUCCGAGGAGGAGGAGGCGAGGGAGGAGGAGGAGGUUGCUCUGCGAAUUGCCGUUGAGGAGUGGAGAGCUCAAAGAAGUUCGGCCAAAAUUGCGUGGGAAGCUGCCUUGUCACACAAGGAUUUUCUCUCGACCUUCAGGGUGACACGGCCUCUGUACAAGUACUUGUUGUACGAAUGGGAACGCGAGCAACUAGCUGAUGCGUGGAAGGCUAGAGUCCAUCCCGCAGACAGGCAGGUCUUGGCAGCCUUGUAUUACCUCGGAAAUUUGGAACCCAUCACGUCUGUUGCAGAGAGGUUCUCCAUGAUGCCUUCAACAAUACACAGUGUUAUCAUGGCCUUCACCAACUUCCUAGAGACUUUGGGAGACAGAUACCUCUCUUGGCCAAAUGCACAGGAAAAGUGUUACAAGAUCUACAGAUGUCAUACAGGAGCGAGGCAGACGAGGAUGGAUGGCAUGCACUCCCUCAGGAAACAAUUUCCAACUUUGGGAUCCUCGGAGGAGAGGAGAAGAGGCACUACCUGACCACUGUCUUGCCUUGAUUAGUGUGUCAUGGUUUUUCUUGUGGCCUCUUUUUGUUCUCUGCUUUUUUU